AUGUUCCAUUGCGACUGCCUCGCUAUCGAUCCACCGUCUGAUCCAUCAAUGUGGAUCUGUUCUUCGUGCAAGCCUCAGACACCUGGUGCGAAAAAUGUUGAUAAUGCGCAAGUAUACUUCAAAUCGAAUGUUACUAUUCGACCGAAUAAGAGGCAAGCGCUGCAAUCUCCUCCAAAUAUAGGUUCUUCACCAGUGGCUGAAGAAAGAGUUCGAAGUAUUAUAGAAGAGGUGAUGCAGUCGCAAUUGGAUCGUCUAUUGGAGAAGAUGAACUUAAAUAUGAAAAUGCUAUUGAACCAAGAAAUAAACUCCAUGCGGGAAGAAAUAACGGGAUUGAGAAAGUCUGUCGACUUCAUGAGUAAUCAGUAUGAUGAUAUGGCAAAGGAGAAGAAAGGAAUUGAAGAUCAGGUGAAAGCAUUGCAGUCUAGAAACAACGAAUUGUCUGCAACGAUUAAAAAUAUGACCAGCCGAAUUAAUACUCUCGAACAACAUGCUCGCUCAAAAAAUGUUGAGAUUCAAUGUGUCCCCCAAACUAAGAAUGAAAACCUUAUAGAUAUUAUCAAACAACUAGGAACUAGCAUUAACUGCGACAUCAAGGAAGAGAAUAUACUUAACUGCACUCGAGUAAUGAAGGCUAAUAACAACAGUGAGCGACCUAAGUCAAUAGUUGUUCAAUUUAAUACGCCCCGUUUUCGUGACACUUUCUUGGCAUCUGUAAUUAAUUUUAAUAAAUCAAAGCCAGUCGGUGACAAGCUAAAUGCAACCCACGUAGGACUUAAAGGAGUAAAAUCACCUAUCUUUGUGAGUGAACAUUUGAGUUUAAGCAGCAAAGCUCUUCAUGCAGCUACCCGUAUCAAAGCGAAGAACAAGGGAUACAAAUAUGUUUGGAUCAGGGGAGGACGCAUCUUCGUGAGAAAAGCAGACGACUCUGAUAUUAAAGUCAUUAAGGAUAUGGACUCUCUGGACUUAAUAGUAUAG